GAAUGCCAAAGUUGCUGCAAAAUCGGCGAGAGGAAAAAAGGCUAAAGUGCACGUGUUUUCGCGUAGAAAAAGUGUCAUUUUUGUAGGAUUUAGGAAGAAUUUGUAAAUUAGAAUCGAUUAGAUUUUGAUUCCUGUAGGAAAUGCUAUCCUUUGGGCGAAUUUUCCGUUCGUAUUGUUUAGUAAACAAAGCCUUUCCGGUGACACCUGGAGUGACAUCAGUUUUCAGUUCCAGCGAAAUAGUGCGACUCAAAUCGACCCGGCAAAAAGCUGAGCUCAAGCGCCGUCUGAAGGCAGAGCAGAAGGCCAAGGAGAAGGAGGAAAAGGACAAACAGGCGGCGGCGACCACUCCGGCCAACGGCGUUAAGCCUAAACAGGAAGCGGCGGCAGCCGCCAAAGUGAACGAGGAGGAAAUUUCGCCGAAUGAGUAUUUCAAGCUGCGAAGUGCCGCCGUGGCGGAGUUGAAAAAGUCGGAAGCGACUCACCCGUAUCCGCACAAGUUCCACGUGAGUAGCUCGCUGGAGGCGUUCAUCGAACGGUACGGACAGCUGAAGGAUGGUGACAUGCUGGAACAGGAGUCGCUCUCGGUGGCCGGUAGGAUUCACGCCAUCCGCGAGUCCGGCGGAAAGCUGAUCUUCUACGAUUUGCGCGGCGAGGGCGUCAAGCUGCAAGUGAUGGCCAACGCCAAGCUUUACGAGAGCGAAGCGGCCUUCGUAGAGGAUACUGCUCGUUUGCGCCGUGGUGACAUCGUUGGUGUUCAGGGAUAUCCCGGCAAGACCAAGAAGGGCGAACUCUCAGUUAUCCCCCGGAAGCUGAAAUUGCUGUCGCCCUGCUUGCACAUGCUGCCACACUUGCACUACGGCCUGAAGGACAAGGAAACGCGCUUCCGCCAGCGAUAUCUGGAUCUGAUUCUAAACAACAACGUGCGCGAUAUCUUCAUGGUGCGGGCCAAGAUCAUCAGCUUCGUUCGGCAGUUCCUGGACGGGAUGGGCUUCCUCGAGGUUGAGACACCCAUGAUGAACAUGAUUGCCGGAGGAGCCACGGCCAAGCCCUUCAUCACGCAUCACAAUGACCUCAACAUGAAUCUAUUUUUGAGAAUUGCCCCGGAACUGUACUUGAAGAUGUUGACCGUCGGAGGGUUGGAUCGCGUGUACGAGAUCGGCCGUCAGUUUCGAAACGAGGGAAUCGAUUUGACCCACAAUCCGGAAUUCACGACCUGUGAAUUCUACAUGGCCUAUGCUGAUUACAACGAUAUAAUUGACAUGACCGAGAAGAUGGUCUCCGGAAUGGUCCGCAGCAUCCAUGGUUCCUACAAGAUCAAAUACCACCCGGAAGGACCGGAUGGCAAGGAAUACGAGAUCGAUUUCACUCCUCCGUUCAAGCGAAUUUCCAUGCUCAGUUCGCUGGAGGAGAUUCUUAAGGUCAAGUUCCCGUCGCCGACGUCCUUCAACACUCCGGAAACGAACAAAUUCCUGAGCGAUCUGUGCAUCAAACACGAAGUCGAGUGUCCUGCACCGCGGACGACCGCCCGACUUCUGGACAAAUUGGUUGGCGAAUUCUUAGAGGAGAACUGCAUCAACCCGACGUUUAUCUGCGAUCACCCUCAGAUCAUGUCCCCGCUGGCUAAGUAUCACCGUUCGGCCGCCGGAUUGACCGAACGCUUCGAGCUGUUCAUCAUGAAGAAGGAAAUCUGCAACGCCUACACGGAGUUGAACGAUCCGGCCGUCCAACGGGAACGAUUUGAACAGCAAGCGGCCGACAAAGCUGCCGGUGACGACGAGGCCCAGCUCGUGGACGAGAACUUCUGUACGGCGCUGGAGUACGGUUUACCUCCGACCGGAGGCUGGGGAAUGGGCCUCGAUCGGUUGACCAUGUUCCUGACCGAUAACAACAACAUCAAGGAGGUGCUGCUCUUCCCGGCCAUGAAACCGGACGACCCUAACCGAAACCAGCAGGCGGCGGGUGAAGAGGCAGCAGCUGCAACCGAGACCAAGUAAGUUUUGCGUGUCUUAUAUGUUGUAGUUCGAAGGAGGGGAGCAAGAUAAAAGUUGGAACGAGCGGACGUUCCCACUUCGCGAGGGGAAGCGCGAAAUAAAUGUGUACGCUAGGCAUUUCGAAACGUACUCCAAGGAAA